AUGACUAUACGCACAUCAACAGCACCAUCUAAAAUUACAAAUUUAUAUCUAUAUUCACUUUCUUCCACUUGUAAAAGAUUUCGAAGUUUUCUUUGGUCAUCAAGUUCUUUAUUAACUCAACAAAUAUGGAGAAAUUCUCGGAGAACUUAUUAUCCACAAUAUAAAGCAUUACCUUUAAAAGAUAUGUCCGAACAACAAUAUAUUUUCUUGAUUACAUUAGCAAAGAAAUGUCAAUUUUGUGGAGAAAUGGAAAAGAAAAAGUUAAAGAAAUAUUGGGAAUUUCAAGUAUAUUCAUGUGAAAAAUGUAUAAGAAAAAGAAUUGCUAGUCACAAAAAUCUUUUAAAAAAUGGUAUGAUUCACGAAGAUGUUCUUUCGACUUGUUUGAAUUUAGGUGAACAAGGAUAUUUCCUAUCACAUGUAAAAAUGGCACAAAUCGAUUAUUUACAAUGUCAAGAUAAAUUCUCAUGGGUAACGCAUAAACAAUUAGACGUUAUUCAACAAAAAUGUAGAAUAAUUUCUAUUUUGUUAGAUGAAUUUUACGAAGAUUCAAUAUUAUCAUAUAAUAAUACUUUAAAUACUAGAAUUUCUUCUCAAAGAGAAUUUGCAAAGAGCAUCGGUGGAGAUAAGGUUUAUCAACAAUUAUUAAAUGAUAUAAAUGCCUCACUUCUCAGUCCUCCCGAAGAUCCUGCUGAAGGAAUAAUUGUUGACCCAGUUGAAGUACCAUAUCCCAAAAGAUCUUUGGAAGCAUUGUUUGGUAGAAAGAGAAUAGGUUGGGUUAAUUUACCUAAAUGGCUUGAUAAUGCGGUUUUAGAUAUUCUUAAAGGUCAUGAAAAAGAUGUAAUUAGAUCUGAUGCAGGUCGGUUAUAUCAAUCUUUUCGUUCAACUACCGGAUUUAGAGAAGAAAACAUACAUAAUGAUCCUAUAUUUGGACCAUGCAAAACUGCCGCCAAAACUUUCAAACGACAACAACAUGAAUUUAAUGAGAGUAAUAUUAAACCACAUUUACUUGAAUAUGGUGAUCGUGAAACUUUAGCUUAUUUAGCGGGAUAUUUACCAAUUACAUAUGGACCUAUAUAUAAUGUUCUUUAUGAAAUAAAUACACGAUUACCAGAUUUUGAACCGAAAAGUGUGAUGGAUUUUGGAACUGGACCUGGAACUGCAAUAUGGGCGUCACAUAAAGUUUGGGGCCAGAAAAUUGAAAGUUAUUUGGGAAUUGAUAUUUCGGAAUCAAUGUUAAGAAUGGCUGAGACCUUAUUAUCAACUGAAUUACCAAAUGAAAAUACUCAAGAAGCAAUAUUAGAGUCAUUAUGGAAUCGAACAGAAGAUAUUUUGGUAAAUUAUAAAAAAGGUACACCUGCAGGAUUUAAAAUAAUUAAUGAUGCUAGAAAUAAGAUACUAAAGAAUGCUAAAAAAUGGCAGAUUCCUUCUUCAUCGUUAUCAAGUGAUCGUGAUUUAAAAAAUAAUAAUAGUUAUAAUCAAAAGGAUUCAAUUAUGGACAAUAUUUUAUCAUCUAAAGUGGGAGCUCACGUUGUUGCACCGAUGCAAACUAAAGCAGUUCGUAAAGAAAAUCACGAAGAUUCUAAAUAUUCAUAUGUCGUGUUGAGAAGGGGUCCAAGACCUGAAUUAGUUAGUGAAUCUAAACCAACGGAAAAAUUCGAAAAAAUAUUGGAAGAAAAAUCAAUUGAUACUGAUUUAGUUAAAGAGUUCAUUAGUGAGGCAUUUCAGUGGCCACGCUUGAUUGUGCCACCAAUGAAACGUAGUGGACACGUUGUGAUGGAUGGUUGCUCAAAGUCAGGUUAUAUCGAAAGAAUAGUGAUUCCAAAAUCUUUAGGUAAACUAGCAUAUCGUGAUGCAAGAAAAGCCAUGUGGGGAGAUUUAUUCCCACAUAAACCUAAAAAACCACCUGAGCCAGAGUAA